AUGUCGAAUCUUACUUCUUCCACCUCUGAAUUUCUGCUUCUGGAAUUCUCUCAGGUCCGAGGACUACAGAUCCUACAUUUCUUUGUGUUCCUAGCAUUGUACCUCACAACCCUGAUAGGGAACCUUUUUAUCAUCAUUGCAAUAGCCCUUGACUAUCGCCUGCAUACACCAAUGUACUUCUUCUUAAUGAACUUGGCCAUUUGUGAUCUUGGCACUAUUUCUGUCAUUGUACCCAAAUCCAUGCAUAAUUCACUCAUGAACAGUAGGGUCAUUUCUUAUUCUGAAUGUCUUGCUCAAGUUUUUUUCUUCUUCUUCUUUGAAGCCUCAGAUUUUGCCCUCUUAACAAUCAUGGCUCAUGACCGUCAUGUUGCCAUUUGCAAUCCACUACAAUAUGAAAUAAUUAUGAACAAAGGAACUUGCAUUAAGAUGGUGAUUGUUGUGUGGAUUAUUGCCCUUCUUCAUGCCAUGUUCAACACAGGUAGCACCUUUUCAAUGACCUUCUGUUCCAAUACUGUUGAUCAAUUCUUCUGUGAAAUCCCCAGACUAUUAAAACUCUCUUGCUCAGACUUAUACCUAGUUGAGGUUGGGAUGCUUGUGCUUGGUUUUAGUGUAGCAUUGGGAUGCUUUAUUUUCAUUAUUGCAACUUACGUGCAGAUCUUCACUGCAGUCCAUAAAAUUCGUUCUGCACAGGCACGGCAGAAGGCCCUCUCCACUUGCCUCCCCCAUCUCACGGUUGUCUCUGUUUUUAUGUUCUCCAGCCUCUUUGUAUAUGCAAGACCACCCAGUUAUAUUUCAUCUGUGCUGGAUCUAGUCAUUGCUGUGAUAUAUACCAUACUUCCCCCAAUGCUGAAUCCAUUCAUCUAUAGCAUGAGAAACAAAGAGAUCCAGACUGCUUUGUAUAAGUUAUUGAAUCUUAAGCACUUUUCAAAUAAUACACCCAGAUUCAUUCUGAAAUUGUUGGGAAUGUAA